ACAAAAGAGUCCCUCAAAAAAGAAGUUGAAAAUCUUCGUAUAAAUACCCACAAGAUUCAGGAGGUGAAAUCACAAAUUAAACCAAGCAAGAAAGAAGAAGAGGAAAAACAUUUUUGAAAGCUCAAGUUUCACAGUCGACUUUGCCGCAUAAAUUCAAGAUGCUGAAUUUAAUACAGGUAAUGGAGGUCAUCACCAUGUUUUUGGAAUUUGUGGGUCUGUUGGCCUUGUUACUUAGGGGACAUUGCCUUGCUGAGAGGAAGAGAGUUCUCCAGGGUAAACUUGAGUACUUGAAAGCCAGAAUGCAGGACAUAAGAGAUGUCUGUAGUACUCGAAUUCGGCGAGGCAAGAAGCAAAAGCUAGAUAAUGACCAGUUGGACUGGAUGGAUGAAGCCAGGGAACUAGUAAAGAAAGCUGAAUUUGUGUUAGGACGGCAUCAUGUUGGAGGAUGGAGGGGAUUUUUGAUGGGUGUGAAGACAUGGGAUGUUGAAAAAUUGGUUGAUGCUUUUGAAAUCCAUGACAACAAGGGUGAUGAGCUUUUCGGACUGACCAUGUCUAAUGCACGAGUCCUACAUCGUGGCUAUUAUAUACCAGUGAAAGCGUUAGUUGGAGAAGUUGCUUCAAGUACUUUGAAUCAACUCGAGCUUUUAUUACAAGAUGAUAAUGUUGGAAGGAUUGCUAUUCAUGGGGUAGAAGGAGUUGGUAAAACCUUUUUGAUGAAGCACCUGCACAACAGUGCAGUGAAGUGGGAUGAGAAAUUUGAGCAUGUUUUCUGGGUCACUUUCUCAUAUCAGUUCACUAUCGAGCAUGUACAGGAUGUAGUUGCUGCAGUUGUGAAUUGUCAUUUCACUAGUGAUGAUGACUUGAAUAUAAGGGCAAGUGAACUCUCGAAUACACUUGCGGGUCUAGGUAGUUUUGCACUUUUCUUAGAUGGUGUACCGGGGGCUGAAUUUUCUUUGGACCAGGUAGGAAUUUGUGUCCCUGCAGAAGGGAGCAAAUGCAAGGUAGUUUUAACUACUGUAUCUAACUUGGAAUGUAGAUUGCUGGAUCUUUUUGAUGCUGUCAAAGUUGAUCCUCUUACUAAGGAAGAAGGAUACCUGUUGUUCAUGCGUGAAGCAAAUAUUGAUGAAGCAUUUGGUUCUUCCCUUGAUGGCAUUUCUAACUCACUUGCUGAUAUGUGUUCUGGACUGCCACGUACAAUUGUGAACAUAGCUACUCACAUGUGUGGCAUAGAUGACUCAUGUGAAUGGAGAAAUGCACUAUAUGAAUUUGGACGUCUGGGGAUGAGAAACAAAUUACUUCCCAUUGAAGAUGUAACUUAUGAUUCAUCAACUCUUGUGUGAUCGUAAAAAAACUAAAGAUGAAUGUGGUACCUUCUUCUGAAACCUUCCAGAUUUUUUCGGAUUAGGUUGACAAGGAACUGAGUAUAGUAGUAUUUGGGUCAAUGUAGAGGGAAAUCGACUAACACGUUGAUCAGGGUCCUUAGUUGUGUCAUGUACCAGGAUCCAGGUUUAAUGAUUGAAAGAAUUGGUUAUGAAUGGUAUCCUUUCUAGCUGAUGAUUUCAUUCAAUCAGAAAGAGAAGCAGAGUUAAAAAGAGCUUGAUCUCCGGACCUUCUUAUAUAUAUCUUCAAUGAUUUUACCACAGGAAGUGAAGUGAUUUCCAUGAGCGUGACAGGAAGAUGGAUUCGGGAUUCAAGUAUAUAACUUCAUGAGGCUUUUUGUAGUGGAUGGGUGGGGGCUCUACAUGUGAAAAAUCGAUAAUAAUAUGUAUCUAUGUAUAUAUAUAAUCAAGUUUAUCCUUUA